AUGGACCCGCUCUCUGUGAGCGCAAGCGUUGUUGCGAUUGCGACGCUUGCUACUCAAACCUGCUCCGCCCUCGCAGACCUUCGGUCGCUUUGCCACAGCUUGCCAGGUCGACUUCAUGCUGUGAAUAAUGAGGUCGCUGACCUUAAUUUCGUUAUUUUUCAGGUUUCAUUACUUAUGGAUGAUCGAGCUUGCCUGCCCGAAAGCAAGAUAUCGGCAAUCCCGCACCUUUUAACACAAGCAAAUAAGAAAUUAGUUGAGAUCAAGGACAUUGUUGGUCAACUGACUGCGGCUUGUCACGUAUCACGAACCUUCGUGUUUAGAGCACAUGCAUGGCGAAAAGAACAAAGCAGAUUGCAAGUAUUACAGGAAGAUAUCAGAACCGUGAAGGCCAAUCUAAAUAUAAUACUUGGCGCUUCUAACUCGCAAGAUAUGACGAAGAUUCGCCUUGAUAUUGAGGCUAUCUCUACCGUCACUUUGCGGUCUUCACAACAACAAAAUGCUCUGAAAGAAAACUUCUUAAAUCGAAUUACUGCAGUUGAUGAGCGUAUAGCUAGGGUUGAAGAGAUGUUACGGGUCCAGGCAAACCAAGUCCAAGCUAGCCAGUUCACGCAAGUCGGUUCUUUAUACAUGGGUACUACACAGAGACAGCUACCAGUACCGUCAAACAAAGAGAAAUACACGAAUACAGCACGAUCAGAGGGGAUGGGCGUCCGAGUUACACCAUUCAUUGUCAGUUGCCGGCCUGGUUGUCCGUGUGCUUGUCAUUUGCAACAGAAUUCGGCCAGUCCUGCGCUACUGAACCGUGUCCUUGGACGGCUAUUUCUUGGAUAUGCUGGACUACCAUUAUUUAGUCCAAAGUGCAACUUUCAAGCUUGCAAAAAGUCACGGGCAAGCCAAGUUAGUCUGGAGUAUUGGUUUCCUUUGGGAUUUUUGUCAUCCUCGAUCGUGCGACUACAAGUGGGAUACCAGCCCAAUAUCGGGACGCUGUUGCAACUAGACACACUAAGAAGGGUACCAGAUACGGCGCAAUGUGUUAGCUUUGCGUUGAAUGGUGAUAUUAAAGGACUGAAAUAUCUUUUUGAGAAUGGGUUGGCAUCUCCACGUGAUAUCAGCACCACUAGAGGGUAUUCUGUUCUUCGCUGGGCCCUCUAUGGAAAACAAUAUGAAACCUGCAAGUUCCUAAUAGAAGCAGGGGCAGAUGCAGAAUAUAGACCAAUUGCUGCAAGUGAUAACAGCCCAAAGAACAAAGCAUGUCAUUUUCUUCUUGAAGGUGGACUUUCUGAUACCGCUGUUGAAGCUCUUCGCGCCAUUACGAAGGGAGGUUACUUAGAAGAUUUUAUAGAAGAGUCAAGAUUUACAAAGAUCCAUAAAAUCGUUCUUGGUCUGUCGUUGCUAAGCCUCGAAGACGAAAUUAUUCAAAACCCGGAGGAUAUCAAUGCGACAGACGCAAUGGGGCGUACACCGUUGGCAUGGGCAGCAGCACGAGGGGAUACACGAGCUAUUGUUACAUUGCUAGGCCAUGGUGCUGAUCCAAAUAUAAUGGACAUUCAAUUAUCGGGUCCCUUGUCAAACGCGGCAGCUCAAGGUCGCACUGUUGCUGUUCGUCUGCUUCUGGAAGCUGGCGCGCACACCGACUUUACCAAGCCCAACGGCGAAAGAAAAGGCAGUCCUCUUAAUUGCGCCGCCCGUAAUGCGACAGAUGUUUUGCUCUUAAAAAGCCUUCUCGACUUCGGCGCAGAUGUGGAUGCAAGUGGAACAGAUGGGAAAACUGCACUGAUUCACGCUGCACGUACUAAUAAUGCUAGUUUUGCCAUGCUAUUACUAGAGUACGGUGCGGAUAUUAAUGCCAUAUCUGCAGAUGGCUCAACUCCCUUGACCACUGCAAUCACUUAUAAUAGUCAUAAUGUCUUACGACUAAUACUUGAUCGGUGGCAUGAGUACUCUAUUUGCCCACGCCUUAAGGGCCCCCAUCUUCUUCAGAUAGCAGCACUAUACGCUGAUUUUGAAACUCUUCGUAUUUUGGCUGCUACUGACCAUUUCCGAAUGAAAUACGAUAAGCAAUAUACAAUUGGAGAUUUCGGGAAUCGCUUACGACAACGCCCUGAUCUGACGGAUGACUUAGCCAAGGCAUUCGAUGAUCUUUUGGGUAUUAUUAACCACGUACCAAGCCAAGAAGAGAGUUCGGAGAGCCUCCUGGAGUCUGGCAUUCUCGCUUGGUUUUCAUCACGCGUCAAUUCCGACUUGGAAGGAUUAGGUAGAGAACCUAAUAGUGGUUGCAGCUCCGAUAGCAGUUUCCUUGACGCGCUUGAGAAUCUUCCGUAG